AACUACCAGGAAAUCAUGCCUGAACCACCCAAAGCAGCGAAGAAAGGCUCUAAGAAGGCCGUUUCUAAGGCCGUGAGCAAGUCCGGCAAGAAGAAGAGGAGGAGGCCCAGGAAGGAGAGCUACGCCAUCUACGUCUACAAGGUGCUGAAGCAGGUCCACCCUGACACCGGCAUCUCCUCCAAGGCCAUGGGCAUCAUGAACUCCUUCGUCAGCGACAUCUUCGAGCGCAUCGCCGGUGAGGCCUCCCGUCUGGCUCACUACAACAAGCGCUCCACCAUCACCUCCAGGGAGAUCCAGACCGCCGUCCGCCUGCUGCUGCCCGGGGAGCUGGCCAAGCACGCCGUGUCCGAGGGCACCAAGGCCGUCACCAAGUACACCAGCUCCAAGUAAACCUGCUGACACACCAACAACACAACGGUCCUUUUCAGGACCACACACUGCUUCUAAAGAGUCGCUUCCUCAAACUGUCACCAUCACGUCAACACGAUCAGGACGUCUGAAGUCUCACAACAGUCAACCUGCUGAUUAUGACCUGGUCAAUGUUUCCUCUAGUUAAUGUAGUUUUAACUGUCAGCUCAACAUCUUUAUGAGAUUGUUUUCCAGAAUGGAGAAACCUGAUGUCAGUCAUGUUUGAGUUGUACUUUCUCACUUGUCUACUUUUUUUCAACCCUGUAUGUGUCCUGAGAGUUGAUCCCCUUGUUGACUAUACAAAUCUUCUAAAAAUCCUUCAGUUCAACAAAUACUGUUAUGUAUUUUUGAGGCUACACAGUACUUCACCCAGGAGCCCAUCCCAGUGAUCGUGUUGUCUCAUAAUGGACAUUAGUUUUGUAAUUGUUGCUGGAAGCCAUUUUGUCUCAUGAUUAACUGAAAGAUUAAAUAAAUGGCUCCUUGUUGCUCUGUA